AUGGAUUCCAACGGCACCGACCCCUUUCUCCAAGUUCAAACCGACCUCCUCGCCGCGCUCAACAACACCCGGCCGCUCUUCUCCUCGUACCAACGCAUCCGCUCCCUCGCCACCAGCGCCAACAACCCCGAACUGCUGCAAGCGCGCGAGGAACUCGAAGCCACGCUGCACGAGCUCAACGCCGACCUCGAGGACCUCGUCGACAGCGUGCGCGCCAUCGAAAAUGACCCGUACCGCUUCGGUAUCGAGCUGGACGAGAUCGAGCGCCGCCGCCGGCUCGUCGAGGACGUUGGCAGCGAAAUCGGUGAGAUGCGCGACGCCCUGCAGAAGACGACAAGGCGGGCUUCCAAUACUAAUAACAGCAACAACAACGUCGGUGCCGCUGGUGGAAAGCACGGUCACUCGGCGCUGCCGAACCCGGCGGAUUUCGACAAUGUGCAUGGGGAUGAGGAGGAUGGUGGGGACCACGAUGACGACUAUUACGCGGAGAUGGAGCACCAGCGCCAGCUGGAGUUGAUGCAGGAGCAGGACGAGCAGCUGGACGGGGUGUUCCAGACGGUAGGCAACUUGCGGCAGCAGGCUAGUGAUAUGGGGCGGGAGCUGGAGGAGCAGGCAGUGAUUCUGGACGACGUGGAUACGCUGGCGGACCGGGUGGGCGGGAAGCUGCAGAGCGGAGUGAGGAGGGUAGGGCAUAUUAUCAAGCGGAAUGAAGGUAUAAAGACAUCCUUUCUAUACGAUGUCGAGCUGUUGCAUCGCGGUGUUGAUUAUGGUGUUGAUUUUGCUGCUGAUUCUGGUCAUCGUGCUAUGAACUUGACACCUCCUGUGGCUAGGUCUAGCCCGACAACCUACGGGCUUACCCACAUGUCACUCUAG